GGAUUAAUCGAGGCGUUCGACCCUCCCCGCGUUAAAAAGGCCGUGGGAGACGCCGACCGGUGGCUCCCGCCGUCUCUCGCGGAGGGGACGAGAGGGAGACAGAGGAAAGAAGGGGGAGAGGGGUGAGGAAGCGCCUCCCUCUCUCGCCUUUUGGUGCGUCUCCUCCGCCUUUUCCCUCGGCCGCCCCCGGUGCCGGCCCGGAUGUGAGGAAACUCUUUUUCCUUUUUUUUCCUGAUAGACCGGGAGAUUUUGAUGUGAUCUUUGUGGGAGAACUGGCGAUCUGGAGUCUUUUGGCUUCGAUCUGGAGAUCUGGGGGCAGAUCUGCAAAACAAGGCUUUUCCGGCGAGGAGAGUCAUAAUGGAGCACUGCCCGGCAGGACUUAAUACCAUGGGCCAACUGUACCCAGAAUGCGUGUCAGAUAGGAAGUCAAGAUUUUGGCAAAUUGAUAACCAAUCAAUUCCAGGAGAACUCAUAUGUCCGCAACCUCGUCGUCCCGCUAGGGUACCUUGUUUCAUGGAUAAUCUCAACAGAAUUGGCUCCAGACCAAAGAGCAUUUUACCUAUCCAUAGAGGGGAUUGUGGUCCGGAGAUCCUGGAUAUUAUCUUGAACAAGGAUGAUCCUGAUGGUGAUCUAGACAUGAACAACGCAGCUGGCUUCUUCUGUGGCUCGCCGCCCGUGCGCACCAACAACCCGGUAGUCCAAGAUGCAAAGUUUGCGAAACAAACUCAAGACUUCGCUUCUCCUUCGGGAAACUCUUUUGGGAUAAAGCCAGCAGGGAGAGUCGAAAGAGGCUCCCCAUCCUGUGGGACAUCAUUUGGAGGGAGCCCCAAAGUAAGAAUCGAAGGUUUCGCCUCCGGGAAGUCCGAGUCUCACUGUGUGGUCCCUGCUCUCGCCUGACCCAUCCCAAGUCUAACCGACUCUGCUGCGUAUGCUGCUGUAAAUUUUUCCCGAGUCAGCCAUCUAGCUAUUUGAAACCUUUGAAAUGCUAGUUUGGAGAAGAGAAUAUCGUCCUGUACAUAUCCAAGGUUCCAUGUAUCUAGAAUUUGUCCGUACGAACGAGUCUGGUUCAGGAGGUUUGUUUAAGUUGGAGGCUGGAUUCAGUUGGAUUCAGAUGUACAAGUGUAAAUAGACCCUUUUUUUUUUUUUUUGUGUGUGCGCGAGAAUCCUUAGUUGCAGUGCCAUCGAUAGCAUCUACUUUUGU